CCUCGCUUUAUUUUUAUUAAAAUUUAAUAAAGCCGGUCCGGAAAGGACCUUUAAAAUAAUUUAAAUUAUGUCCACUCGCCCGCGUCGCCAAGCUGCGACAAAGAAAAAGCUUAUAAUUGAGCUAUCUGAUUCCGAUGAAGAUGCGACUGCGGAAUCCAAGGAUACGGAUGAGUACAGGCCCCAACAGGCUCGGGCCUUGGAUAGUGCUGCCGCUGCCACUGCAGGCGUCGCCAAGCGAAAGCGGUGGCCUACAGCCCAGGACACUGCUGCUGACGCGCCAGCGGCCAAGAAAAAGCGCGGCAAAAAGGAUGCAAACGUCGAAAAUGAUUGCCCCAACCAAAGCAACCCUGAGACGGAAGCGAUCGAACCACCCCGAUCUUUAACGCAACCAGACGGCGCUGCUUCCAGCGCAACCACAGGACGAAGUUCCUUCUGGGAGCGUCGCAAGGUGUGGAACAUUCAUGAGUUGCUGGCCGAAACGGAGAACAUCCAGCCAACAGCAGCCCGCAAUAUUGUGCAGCUCUUUGAGAACGAAAACACCAUUCCAUUUAUAUGCCGCUAUCGGCGAGAUCUGGUUGACCAUUUGCCACCAGACCGAUUGCGUGACAUUCGCAACACCUACACGGAGAUCGUGGAUCUGCGGAAGAGGGCCGAGAACAUAGUCACGCAGCUGGAGCGCGAAAAUGUGAUAAAUGAGGAGAUUCGGGAUGAGCUGAUGUGCGCGAAGAACAACGAGGAACUGGAGUUUCUCUAUGCUCCCUAUAAACCGGCCAGCAAGGGCACCCUGGCGGAGCGUGCCAAAGCAUUGGGACUGGAAGAUUAUGCCGAUCGUCUGCUAUAUGGAACAGCGCCGCAGGUGAAGCUCUCAUCCAUUGUGGAUCCUAGUAAUGAGGCCUUGGCCUCCGAGACGCUGGUGCUGAAUGGAAUCUGCAACAUAAUUAUACACAAUAUCAGCAAGAACACAAAUGUAUUGGAAGAGCUAAGGAGAUUGCAAAAUGUACACCGCAUUGUGCUGAUGUGCAGCAAGACAAAGGAGUCGGCGGCCACCAAGGCAACUGGCAGCAGCAGCAGCAGCAAAACGACUAAGAGCAGUGCCAUAUCCGACAGGAAGGUAGACAGCUCAAAGUUCGAGAAUUACUUUAAUUUUCAGGGUGACAUUAAGACAAUUAAACCCCAUCAGAUGUUAGCCAUCAAUCGUGCUGAAAAGCACAAGUUUAUAUCCGUAAAAAUGGAUACAAGCGAUUACCUCAAGAGAGAUCUCUCACGCUUCAUCUCCGAGCAGUACAUGUCUCAGGGCUUGCAGUAUCCACUGCGAAGGGAGACAUUUACCAGAGCCCUGGAAGAGUGCAUCACGAAGAAAUUGCAACCUUUGAUGUGUCGACAGAUACGCACCGACCUCAAGGAGAAGGCCCAGAAAGCGGCCAUCGAUGUGUUUGCCAAGAACCUGAAGCAGCUGCUGCUCAUGUCGCCUCUCAAGGGUGAACGGAUUCUGGGCAUCGAUCCGGGCUACACAAACGGCUGUAAGCUGGCAGUUAUAUCCGAGACGGCCGAUGUGCUGGAUACAGGCGUCAUCUAUCCGCAUGGCGUGAGGGCCAACAAGCGAGCAGCCGAACAGAAGUUGGUGGAGCUGCUGAGCAAGCACACCUGCCAAGUGAUUGCCCUGGGAAACGGCACCGCAUGCCGCGAAACGGAGUUUUGGCUGACUGAUCUGUUCCAUGCCGGGAUUCUGGACAGCCGCAGCAUCCGCUACAGCAUCGUAAAUGAGAAUGGUGCCUCGGUUUACUCCUGCAGCGAUGUGGCCAGCAAGGAGUUUCCCGAUAUGGAUACGAACGAGCGGAGUGCAGUGUCCAUAGCUCGACGGCUGAACGAUCCUCUCAGCGAGUAUGUAAAGAUAGAGCCGCGCCACUUGGGCGUGGGCAUGUACCAGCACGAUGUGUCUGAGAAGACCCUCACAGAAUCCCUGAAGGACGUUGUCUCCGAAUGCGUGAGCUAUGUGGGCGUGGACCUCAACACUGCCAGUCUGAGUGUGCUCAAACACAUUGCUGGCCUGUCGGAGAAGAAGGCAGAGAAGAUCAUAGAGUAUCGCACGGAUAAGGGUCCCUUCCAGUCCCGCAAGGAUCUGCUCUCGGUGCGUACCAUAGGCGAGAAGUCAUUUGUACAAUGCGCUGGCUUUGUGCGCAUCGAGCCGCUGAGUGUGGGCGGGCGGCUGAAGAAUCCACUUGACUGCACCUGGGUCCAUCCAGAAAGCUAUAAAGUGGCUGAAACUAUCGUUGCGGAAUGUGACUUGAAACUGUCGGAUAUAGGCAAGUUUAGCUUCAUAGCACGCAUCAAAGAGUUUGCCGAAUCGAAAACGAAACUGGAUCGCAUAGCCAAGGAAAAUAAACUGCCCAUGGAGCGGCUGGAAUUCGUGCUGGUGGCCCUGCAGCGGGAACUGCUGCAGGAUUAUCGAGCUGAUUUGGACAAGCGGCCGCUUUUCAAGCAGGGACUGACACGAAUCGAAGACCUCAGCAAUUGUGAUGUGGUUACCGGUGCUGUUACCAAUGUAACACACUUUGGUGCCUUUGUCGACAUUGGUGUGGAGCGUGACGGCCUCUUGCACAAGAGCCACAUGAAGAACUGCGACCUGAGCAUCGGCGAUCGCAUUGUGGCCUCGGUGGUGAAUCUGGACAAGAAGCGGCAGAAGUUUGGCCUACGCCUGGAGAACAUGCUGGCUGAGACGGACACAUCCUUUACCUUCAAGACGGAGUGAAAGCAAACGGCAGGAGUUUAAAGUUUUUGGAAGUAUUUAAUGUAUCAUUCAUAUUGGGCUGCUCACAUGAGCAUAUACAUGUAUACUAUAUAUAACUCGUAUAUAUGUAUAUAUAUGUGUAUCUGUAUAGUAUAACGGCUUUCCUAAAGUUACUCAAAGCUUAUCAGUUAGUAAUAAAUGUUCACAUAAAAAUCACCGCCUCUACAAUGCGCGUUCUUGUUUCCCUUUUUUUUCGUAAUAUGUUCUGAAGUUCUUAGAUGAGAAUGCUCGUGUGUGUGGUGUGUUGUGUGGUGUGUAGUUUUAUGGUUCGAAGGGGUACGUGGAUAGUACUCGUAUUGCUCUAAAACUAAGUGAGUGAGUGAGUGUGAGUGUGAGUGCUGCCCUCGCAGAGCCGUUUUAAAUGUUGUAACUAAAUUAAUAUACAAUAUGCAUACAUUUAGGCGCUUGGUUUAGCAGGCGAGCGUUCGCUUCAGUUAGUUGGUAUUUUCGAAUUUAUUGCCGUUUCAUUAGAAUUGUUAAAAAUUAUUAUAAACAGUGUUAUACAGUUUGCAUUUACAUAAUUACACAAUACAAUUUAAUAUACUC